UCCGUGUUACCGGAGUGUGUUGAUGUUGUAAACCGGCGGCCGGCCUCCCUCCUCGGCCCCCGCUCCCCUCGGUGUGUCGGUGUGUGUAUAUAAAGGUUCCGGAGGAUGUGGUCCCGCUGAGCACCGGGAGGACCAUGAAGCCGCUCGGUGUGAUGCUGCUGCUGCUGGCCGCCGCGGACCUGUCCGGUAGCGGCGCUCCGCCGCUCGGGGGGCCGGGGCUCGGCUUCUCUCCGCCCGUCCCCGCCUCCCCCUCCGCCCCGCCGCUCCUCGUCCUCCCGCAGCCCCGGGCGGAGCACGGGGCGUCCGACGUGGCCGUGGCCCGGUCCGCCGUGGAGGAGCCGCCCGGUCCCGGAGAAGGGGAGGAGGACGGGAACCCUCAUCAUCACGGCGGCGGGUACCGGGUGGUCCAGUGGGAGUGGAGCUACGUGCAGACCCCCUACAUCAUCGCCACCUGGCUACUGCUGGCCAGUGUGGCCAAGAUCUUGUUUCACUUCUCCCAGCGGUUCACUACGGUGGUUCCGGAGAGCUGCAUGUUGAUCCUGCUGGGUCUGGUUUUGGGCGGGGUGGUCCUUAUAGCCAAUGAGAAGCAGUUGUACCAGCUAGAGCCCGCCCUCUUCUUCCUCUUCCUGCUGCCAACCAUCGUGGGCGACGCCGGGUACUUCAUGCCGGCCCGCCUCUUCUUCGACAACCUGGGGGCCAUCCUGACGUACGCCGUGGUGGGGACGCUGUGGAACGCCUUCUGCACCGGCUUCUGCCUGUACGCCGCCAAGCUAUUGGGGGUCAUAGAUGAGCGUGUGCAGGCCGACCUGAUGGACUUCCUGCUGUUCGGGGCGCUGAUUUCGGCCGUCGACCCUGUGGCCGUGCUCGCCGUGUUCGAGGAAGUCCACGUGAACGACACGCUUUUCAUCAUCGUCUUCGGAGAGUCGCUGGUCAACGACGCGGUCACCGUGGUUUUAUAUAAAGUCUACAUCUCCUUUGUGGAAGUGGGAGUGGACAACGUUCAGACGGCAGAUUACUUCAAAGGAGUUGCCUCCUUCCUCAUCGUCAGCAUCGGCGGGACUCUGGUGGGUCUGGUGUUUGCCCUCAUCCUCGGAUUCAUCACUCGCUUUACCAAGAAGGUUCGGAUCAUCGAGCCGCUCUUUGUCUUCCUGCUGGUCUACCUGGCCUACCUCACCGCCGAGCUCUUCUCGCUGUCCGCAAUUCUAUCAAUGACCUUCUGUGGUAUCGGUGCCAACAAAUAUGUGGAGGCCAACAUCUCCCAGAAGUCCCGGACCACGGUGAAGUACACAAUGAAGACAUUGGCCAGCAUCGCAGAGACAAUCAUCUUCAUCUUCCUCGGCAUCUCAGCAGUAGACAAGUCCAAGUGGGCCUGGGAUACCGGCCUGGUGUCCUGCACUCUCGUCUUCAUCUUUGUCUUCAGAGCCGCAGGUGUGAUUGGUCAGACCUGGGUUCUGAACCGCUUCCGCCUCGUCCCGUUGGACAAGAUUGACCAGGUGGUGAUGUCGUACGGCGGCCUGCGAGGUGCUGUGGCGUUCGCCCUGGUGGUGCUACUGGACGGCAAGCAGGUCAAGGCUAAGGACUACUUUGUUGCCACAACGAUUGUGGUCGUCUUCUUCACCGUCAUGUUUCAGGGUCUGACCAUCAAACCUCUCGUCGACUGGCUCAAAGUUCCUCGUUCCACCAACAGGAAGCCGACGAUCAAUGAGGAGAUCCACGAGAGGGCCUUUGACCACACCCUGGCAGCAGUGGAGGACAUAGCAGGACUUCAGGGAUACCACCACUGGAGAGACAAGUGGGAGCAGUUUGAUAAGAACUACCUGAGUAAGCUGCUGCUGAGGAAGUCCGUCUACAGGAAGAGUGAACUGUGGGAGGCUUAUCAGAAGAUUAACAUCAGAGACGCCAUCAGUGUCAUCGACCAGGGGGGGAACGUCCUGACCUCAGCCAGACUGUCCCUGCCCUCGAUGGCCAGCAGAGCCUCGUUCCCCGAAGUCACCAACGUCACCAACUACCUGCGUGAGAAUGGCAGCGGGGUGUGUCUGGACCUCCAAGUGAUCGAUAAUGUGCCUGGAGCCAAAGUGGAGGAAGAAAGCGAGACGCAUCACUUCCUGUCAGGGAACCUGUACAAGCCCAGGAGACGUUACCAGUCUCACUACAGCAGACACUUCAUGCCUCUGGGGGAGAAGGAGCGCCAGGAGCCGGAGUGUUUUCCAGAGGAACAUGAGAUAGCCGCAUGGAGAACUCAAGUCACCCGACACAAACGGCACAAGAAGGACCGCAGCCUCAAGAAGCGCCGAGGGUCUGACUCCAGAGAAGAGGGCGGAGACAAACCCCGCCGCAACGUCAGCUGGCAGGACAAGAACCCGGUGGUGGUUCCUGUGGAGUCGGAGGAGGACAGAGGACAUUCAGACCCUGAGAAGGACGAAGACGUUGGGAUCACCUUCAUAGCCCGUCAGGUGGAGACACCAACACAACAACCCAGAUCAGCUGUCCCAGCCACCCUGGAUGGCGGUCAGAGUCCCCCCCUGGCGCCCUCCUCCCCCCACCUCCCGUGGAAGGGGAGCGUGGGCUCCCCACCCCCCUGUGUGUCCGUGGAGGCCACCAAGAUCAUCCCCGUGGAUCUCCAGCAGGCCUGGAAACAUAGCAUCUCCUCCUUGGAGAGGAUCUCCUCCGCGCCGGUCUCCGCCGAGUCGCUGCAACCCCGGGUCAGCCGCCCUGUCCAGGGUGGGAGCGACCCGCCCGGCCUCUUACUCGCAAGUAGGAGCACCUCCUCCAUCGGAGCUCAGAUGGCCCAGGGCUCCUUCUGCUUCCCGCAGAAGACGGAGGAGGAAGAGGAGGACGAGGAAGAUGGGGGAGGUAGAGCGCUGCCGGAGAUGCAGCCCCUCAUGUCACCUCUGAGGCCCCCUGGCUCCUUGCCGCCCCCCCUGCCAGGCUCCGCCCCCGGCUCUGGGAGGAGGAGGAACCCUUGCGUCUACCUGAGGAGCCUGGUGACGGCGCCUCCAGGUAUCAGCGAGCCGCACAGCCGGGGGCCCACCCAGCUGUGACCUCUGGUCCCAGAUCACGCCCACCUGCUGCACACGCCUACACACCGUCCAAUAGGAGAGCAGCUCAUCUUACCUCCAUUUACCAUGAAGUGGCGGACUGCAGAGGUCAAAAGUCACCUCCACAUCUCCGGUGUGACCGUGCGUCACCAUGGCAACAGGUUACAGCCUUUCAGCGUCGCUUCCUGUCAGCUUACUAUUAUUACGAUGUGAAUCAUUACCGUAAAGACAAUAAGAUCAUGAUUGUUGAUUAUUUGGGUAAUUAUUUUUAUUGAUUAGUGUCCUGGGGUCCGUUUCAACACUAAACCCACUUCAGUUAUAACUGUAGUUUAUUGAUCAGUUGUUGAUGCUGAUCACAUCCCAUCAGGACUCAUGUCGUGAUAUUGAUUCUUUCAUGGAGCCAUUUCUGUGUUUGCAAACUGUUUAAAUGUCACGGAGCUCGUAUCAAAUCUACUAUUGGAUUUUAUAAAACUGAGAUCUAUUUUAUUUUGUAGGAAGGUAUUUUGGUGUGUGUUUGUUGAGUCUUCCAGCUGGCUUUGUUUAUGUCUCUCGUUUUACCAAAGAAACCAUCAACACAACAACAACAAACUAACAAUAUAGACAAUACAACACAUUAUAACAUAAUAAACCAUCUUAUCAACAAUACACUAACAACACAAAAGCUCUGCACUGCUUGUGCUGCAUUCAGGCCGUGUAGGACAAAGGAGACCCGCGGAAUCGUUUGGUCUAAAGUUCUGAUCACUGGUUCAUCCUCAAAGAGCCAAUCAGAUUCCACCGUGUGAUUUUGGUUGAUUGCAUAAUACUGACAUUUCCUUUGUGCAUCAAGAUCAUCUUCACUGAGGAACUUGGAUGAUGUUCGACGUGAAGUAAAAGGCCCGAGGAGGACGCGUGUCCUAGUGAGGACCUGUAGACCGUCAGAGGGGCGUUCACUGACCUGUUGCAUAUCUGACAACUGAACGCUUGUUUCAGACAUCGAACCAUGAAACACUUUGACCUCCAGACGAGGGAACAGCAGGUGAAAAUCAGCUGAGUCACAUCUGGUUCUCUGACGUUCUGUUGUUUUGAUACAAAAACAGAGAUGUAUUUAAAAAGUAUUUCUACCUCGCUCACAUUUCAACUGCGCUAGAAACCGCUCAGAUUCACCGUGUCAGGGUUGGCAUGAUAAGUAUGAGAACGCCCAGGUGACUUGAACGCAUCAUACAGCAUCAGGAGUCCAUCAAUGUGACACAAAUGUCAGACUGCAGCAAUAAGAUAAUACUCGUGUGUUUGUGACCUUCAUCCUCCAGUUCUUUGUGUCUAAUGUGUCAGAUGGAUCUGGGUUCCUGGGGGACGUGCGGAGGCCUUUUCCCACGUCGCCCAGCUGACUACAGAUCAGUUGUGAGGUGGGGUCGUCCGUCUGGCUCCACCACAGACACCAAAAGCAGUUUGAUCCAAUCCCAGCAGUGUCGCGAGGACAAUAAAAAGAACCUCAACUUUGUUUCAGACGUGUCAGCUUCUGAUCAAUAGUGUCAAUAAACAUGAGGAUCUUUAUCUGAA